AUGUUUGCCAACUACGAUGUCGCCCAGGCGUAUAUCGACAACAUCAGGGUCAGGGGCGCCACCUCCAAUUCCAACCAUGAAUCUAAGUUCAAGGCUAGGAAAACUCCUCGUCAUAUUACCGGCCACGGUUGCGGCAUUGUUAGUCCCGUAUUGACCAGCGGGCAGGCACGCCAUGACGACAUUAUGUUCGCCAAUGCUUCCCAAGAUAUACGAAUUCGAAUCAUUAGCUGUCGUGUUCUCUGCUGCUUCACCCCUUUGAUUGUGGUGUCGGUUCCAUUGUCGUCGGGGCUCAACGCUCUCUUCUGGUGGGCGGAGAACAUCUUGAUUUCAUAG